AUGGUAUAUUAUGCACUUAUCACCGCUCUUAUACUAGAGCUUGUUGCUGAUCGAGACUGGUGGAUUUGGCAUUCUUUCUUCGGGAUGUUGGGUACUUACAAUGACUUAAACGUGCUACACCGAUCUCUUGUGUUUGAGGAUGUGUUGGAGGGGCGUACUCUUCCUGUGAGCUUUGUUGUUAAUGGUCAUCAAUACAACAAGGGGUAUUACCUUAUUGACGUCCGUAGACUCAGAAACAUGUUUGCACGGCAUCAAGAAGCAGCGAGGAAAGAUGUUGAGCGAGCUUUUGGAGUUCUACAAUCUCGAUUCGUUAUAAUUCGAAAACCGUCUCUAGAUUGGGAUGUUCAAUUACUUCACAAGAUUAUGUUAUCGUGCAUCAUAUUACACAGCAUGAUCGUUGAAGAUGAGCGAGAUAUGUAUUUGAACAACUCUGACACAUUUCACUUCAUUGACAGCCAAAGUGGUUCCUACGAAGAUGCUUUCAAGUAUCGUAAUGAGCUUGUGGUAGACAUCCACAUAUACUUACAGCGAAGAACAGAGAUUGAAGACAACAAGCUCACUUGCAAUUAA